AUGAAGUUUCCGGAUACUACGAUGGCGAUCGUGGACCGGAGAAUUGGUGAGAAAGAAUGUAAAAAGAAAUGCCUUAGGGAUUGCAAUUGUACAGCAUUUGCGAAUGCAGAUAUCAGACAUGGCGGAUUUGGUUGUGUAAUCUGGACUGGAGAGCUCGUGGAUAUCCGGAAUUACGUUGCUGACGGUCAAGAUCUUUAUGUCAGAUUGGCUGCUGCUGAUAUUGUUGGUCAACAGUACCAAGAGUUACUAAUGAACGGGGUGGUACUAUCUAGUAGGAGACACUUGUCUGAAGAGAACAUAACAGAGGAUUUGGAGCUUCCAUUGAUGGAGUUUAAAGCUGUUGUCAUGGCCACACAAAAUUUUUCUGAUUGCAACAAGCUCGGACAUGGUGGUUUCGGUAUAGUUUACAAGGGAAGGUUACUUGAUGGGAAAGAGAUUGCGGUGAAAAGACUCUCAGAGUUAUCAAAUCAAGGGAACGAUGAGUUCAAGAAUGAGGUGAAGCUGAUCGCAAGGCUUCAACACAUAAACCUUGUCCAAAUUCUUGGUUGUUGCGUUGACGAUAAAGAGAAGAUAUUGAUCUAUGAGUACUUGGAAAAUUCAAGCCUCGAUCGUUAUCUCUUUGACAAAACCCUAAACUGUAAAUUAAACUGGGAGAAGAGAUUCGAUAUCACCAACGGUAUUGCUAGGGGACUUUUAUAUCUUCACCAAGAUUCGCGGUGUAGAAUCAUCCACAGAGACUUGAAAGCGAGCAACGUCUUGCUUGAUAAAGAUAUGACUCCAAAGAUCUCAGAUUUUGGGAUGGCCAGGAUCUUUGCAAGGGACGAGAAAGAAGCUAUUACGAGGAGGAUAGUUGGAACUUACGGGUACAUGUCUCCGGAAUACGCGAUGGACGGAAUAUUCUCGGUAAAAUCAGAUGUUUUCAGCUUUGGGGUCUUAGUUCUCGAGAUCGUCAGUGGCAAGAGAAACAGAGGAUUCUACAGCACGAACCACGAAAAUAAUCUUCUCAGCUAUGUGUGGAGGAAUUGGAAUGAAGGAAAAGGAUUAGAGAUUGUAGAUCAGAUCAUCGUAGAUUCUUCAUCAUCACCACAAUCUACAUUUCGACCCCAGGAUGUUUUAAGGUGUAUACAAAUUGGUCUCUUGUGUGUUCAAGAACUUGCGGAGGACCGACCACCGAUGUCUGCUGUGGUUUUGAUGCUUGGAAGCGAAACAGCGGCGAUUCCUCAGCCUAAACCGCCUGGUUAUUGCGUCGGAAGAAGUCCUCGUGAGGCUGAUUCUUCCUCGAGUAAACAGUGUGAUAACGAAUCUUGUACGGUUAACCAAAUCACCCUCUCUGUAAAGUGA